AUUCCAAGCUGUGCAGCACAAGUUGUCAGUAGAACGGACAAAGCAUCAGAACCAUGAGUUUCUUUGAAAAGCUUAAAAACUUACACUGUGGACCUCCUGCACCACCCAAAAGAAUAGAAACAAUUACAGGAUGUGGGUGGGCUGAAGAUGAAUUAGAUGAGGAAGAUGGCGAUACAUAUGAAGCUCCUCCUUGUGAGCGUCCUACUAUCAAAGUUCAGCAUCGGCAUGAAGAAGAGAAUGUAUACCUAGGUUACCCUGAGAGAACACCAAACUCCACAAACCCUCAAAGACAGGCAGGGCCGCCACCACCACGCCCAGCCAAGAUCACCCCUAAAAUGAAAUCCCCUAAGCCACUACCUGACCAAGAGGAGUUCUACCUUGAGUCCAACAGAAAAUGUCCUGAAGUCUUUCAUAAAGAUCAGGCUACUAAGAGGUUGGCCCCUAGGAAGAGCCCUCCAGCUGUACCUGCUCCUAACUUAGAAGAAGAUGUUUACCUGGAUCCAAAUGAAGGACAGAGCGUGAGAGAGCCUACACAUGACAUAUAUGUCGAACCUACAACAGAUUGUUGUUUAGCACCCCCCUCUGUACCCUAUGGUGGUGGUCGUAUGUUUCCACCCAAAACAGCAGCAAGAGAUCUUCCCCUAUAUGUAAUGAAACCACCUGUUCCUAGAGCCAAAUCUAACUCUCUCGUCACCAGUGACUCAGUGAAUGCAGCAUCACUGCCAGAUGCGAGGAGCAACACUAUUACUGCCCAUGUACCGUCAUCUUUCCAAAGCAUCAGACCAAAUCUUGCAAUUGAGACCAUAAAAGAUUGCAAGACCAGCUCACCCAUUUCUCCUGCAGUAGACAAUACUGCAACAGUGAUACACCCUGGAGAACAGGAGAUGGGGCUGCAGGACAGAGAGUGGUUUGCCGGGAUAUGUGGCCGCAAAACUGCAGAGGACACGUUACUGAAAGUUAAUAAGAAUGGCUCCUACCUGGUUAGGUGCAGCACGGCUCAGAAUGCAAGACAACCUUUUACUCUAGUCGUGCUUUUUAAUCAGAAAGUCUACAACAUACCUAUACGCUUUAUUAAGGAAUCAUGCAGCUAUGCCCUUGGCAAAGAGGGAAAGAAAUCUGAGGAGCUUUUUGACAGUCUGCAAGAAAUGAUUUCUCAUCACAAGGAUAACCCCCUUUUGCUGAUUGACAGCAAGAGUCAGGCCAAACACACCACCUACCUGACACAUCCUGUACACUUGUAACAAACCAAUACAGACCUGAAUAGCUCUGAAUAUAACAAACAUAAAUGUAUUUACGGUAGAUAUAUGCACUAUAAUUUACCAAAAUUUAUCUGUACUUUUAUAGUGUAGAAAAGGAGUAAAAUUAAUUGCUUUUUUUACGUUACUUGUUUGCAUUUGAUGAAAUUGCUUAAAUAAAAAUUUCUUAUUCUA